CAGGGGCGGGCUCCGAGCUCGGCGCGGGUUCGGGAGAGCAGGUCCGGCGGCCGAACGGUGGGCGCUAUGUCCACUCCCGGUGGGGAGCCGCACGAGGCCCAGGGGCAAGUGGGGGCUGCCACCGCCGAUCCAUUUAGCUUCAGCCCGGAGCCCACGCUUGAAGACAUCCGCCGCCUCCACGCUGAAUUUGCUGCGGAGCGAGACUGGGACCAGUUCCAUCAGCCUCGGAACCUCCUGCUGGCUUUGGUGGGAGAAGUGGGAGAACUGGCAGAGCUUUUCCAGUGGAAGCCUGACGAGGAGGCCAGUCCCCAAGCCUGGACCCCCAGGGAGCAAGCCGCCCUGCAGGAGGAGCUCAGUGAUGUCCUCAUCUACCUGGUGGCCCUGGCAGCCCGUUGCCGUGUGGACCUACCCCGAGCAGUGCUCUCCAAGAUGGACCUGAACCGCCGCCGUUACCCGGCUCAUCUGGCCCGAGGCUCGGCCCGCAAGUACACAGACUUGCCCCAUGGGGGCAACUCUGGCGAUCAGACUGUGGGGGCUGUAGACCUGCCCUGUGACAGCUCCGACUAGACCUCACAGCAGCUGAGCACAGAGCCUGCGGGUCAGAGCGGCAUCUGAACAGCAGAGGGUGACCUAGCGUGGAACCUUCUAGUCUUCCUAGGCCUGGAGAAACCCCACGUACCGAGGUCUGAGGCCCAAGGAGCUCCAGAAGACAGUUCCUGGUUUCCGGUGUUUUCUCUCUUAAUAAAGAUGUUGGUUCGCA